AUGGAGGCGGACUACUACAAGGUGCUCGGCGUCGGCCGCGGCGCCACCGACGACGAGCUCAAGAAGGCCUACCGCCGCCUCGUCAUGAAGUACCACCCGGACAAGAACCCCUCCCCGCAGGCCGACACCCUCUUCAAGCAGGUCUCCGUGGCCUACGACGUGCUCAGCGACCCGGAUAAGCGCGCCAUCUACGACCAGUACGGCGAGGAGGGGAUCAAGGCGGGCGUCGCCCCGCCCUCCCCCUCCGCCGCGCCCGCGCACGCGCACGCCCACGGCUUCGGCGGCGGCAGCGGUCCCGGGUUCCGCUUCCAUCCGAGGAGCGCCGACGAGAUCUUCCAGGAGAUGUUCGGGGGUUCGUUCUUCGGGCAGGGGCCGCGCAGCCCCUGGAGCGGAGGCAGCGCCCCGCAGUCUGUCCCGGGAUGCGCCGCCAACGCUGCCGCCGCCGCCGCCGCGGCCGCAGGAUUCUCUCCCGGGUCAGGGGAGGCGUCCGGGGGGUCGGCGAGGAAGGGAGCGGCGAUCGAGCGGCAGCUAGCGUGCAGCCUGGAAGACCUGCACAAGGGCGCCACCAAGAAGAUGAAGAUCUCCAGGGAUGUCCUCGACUCCGUCGGGAAACCAAUGAGUGUGGAGGAGAUCUUAACAAUUGAUAUCAAGCCUGGAUGGAAGAAGGGCACAAAGAUCACCUUUCCUGAGAAAGGCAACGAGACCCGUAACGUGAUACCAUCAGAUCUUGUGUUCAUAAUAGAAGAACGGGCACACCCGAAAUUCAAGAGAGACGGGAACGACCUUGUUUACACGCAUAAGAUCUCCCUCGUGGAUGCAUUGACUGGCUGUGCAGUCCAACUGACAACUCUGGAUGGGCGAAGUUUAACCGUUCCCGUGAAGUCUGUCAUCAGUCCCACCUACGAAGAAGUCGUGCAGGGCGAAGGGAUGCCGAUCACAAGGGAGCCGUCUAAGAAAGGGAACCUAAGGAUCAAGUUUCAGAUCAAGUUUCCAACUGCUCUAACAGCUGACCAGAAGGCAGGGGUCCAGCAACUUCUGUCUUAG